UUCCGGGGCUGCCACUCAUUUGAGCAUUUGGCAGCGGAGGGAAGAAGCCGAAAGAACAGCCCUGCGUCCUCGCUCUCUCUGCAGCAUGGACCGCGGCACGCGCCCGGGCGUCGGGGUGGGCGUGGUCGUAACCAGCCCCGCCCACCCAGGCUGCGUCUUAUUGGGCAAGCGGAGGAGCCGCGUCGGGCGAGGAGCUUUUCAGCUUCCCGGGGGACACCUGGAAUUCGGUGAAAGCUUUACAAAAUGUGCCGAAAGAGAGACUCUGGAGGAAGCAGCUCUGCAUCUUAAAGACGUCCGCUUUGCUUCGACUGUAAACGGCAUUAGCCUGAAGAAUAGUUACCAUUACGUGACUGUCUUAAUGAAAGGAGAAGUCGAUAUGAAUCAUGACUCUGAACCAAAAAAUCUGGAACCGGAAAAAAAUGAAAGUUGGGAAUGGGUAAAGUGGGAAGAGUUUCCUCCAGCGGAUCAGCUGUUCUGGCCUUUACGUUGUUUGAAAGAGCAAGGCUACGAUCCUUUUAAAGAAGAUUUAAGUCAUCUUGUGGGAUAUACUGGAAAUCAUCUUCAUGUAGAAGACAGUUAGACUUAUUCUGUGGUAUAGGGGUGUAAAUAAUAUGGCCCUCCAGUGAUGUUGCAUACAGUAUCUCUCAGCAGCUCUAGCUGACAGCCAUAGGGGAGGAAUACCGGGAGUUAAAGGUCAGCAACAUCUGGGCCACAUGAUUCCUACCCCUGCUGUGAGAAGUGUUUCUUUUUCACAGCAAAUACUUUUUGUGAAAUAAAGAAGUCUAUCCCUGUAAAUUAUUUACUUUUGUCUAAAAUAUGGAAGACCACCCUGUUUCUCCAUUUUACACAACUGACCAUAUCAUCUACAUUAUUGUUAUUUUCUAUUACACCAUGUGUGGUUUUUAUAUUACAAUACACCUUUGGUAUCUAGGAAUGUUGAAGUUCUAUUACAUACAACUGGGUUACAUUUGUGUCCCUUAUAUAAAUUAGCAAAAUCAAGGUUUGCUAUUUCAGGAAAUAUUAAAAAUGGUUGAAUCUGUACACAUGGAGGGCUGACUGCACUAACACAUAUCACAACACAGCAGUUAAUUCAAGUAUAAAGAUGUUUAAACAGUUUCAGGUUGUGCAGCGUAAUUUCUUUUUUUGAUGAAGAAGAGACAAUUGUCUAUGUUCAAACUAUAAUCUUUAUGCUGUAACCUUGUUUCAAAAGGCAAACGCACAUGUUGCUGCAUAAUGUUCCAUGUUAGUUAUCAUUUCUUGAUCUGCUUUACUGGUUUAUGCUGGAGAAACAUUAAAAUUGUAACCCAA